AUUUGAUUAACACUAUUUGCUAUCCUUUCUGUUCCCGGCGACCUUCUAGAGGAGUGGGGGGGGGGGUGGUGGUGAAGGAGGUUGAAGUUUCUCCAGGAGCUGCACCAUAUAUAAGCCCCGUGACGCUCGAGGAAGACCACAUAACUCCUCAGCAUACCCCAUUGAGAAGAACUCCCUAUAUUCUUCUCCUCCUUCUUCUACCCACCCCCAUCUCGCCCCUCUUCUUGAAAACAAGGAUGAAGUUACUGGUGUUGUCCCUGCUGGUGGGGUGCUCGCUGGGGGCGUCCCUCGACCGUCAGCAGCGUCAGGUGCUUGGUAACAGAGUGUCCCUGCAGUCAUCCUUAGGAGGGUACCUGCCGCCCCGCCCUGAGCCAUGUCAGCCCUCCACCAUCUACCGCACACAGACCCAGUACUCCACCCAGGUCAUCCCCUCCACCGUCUACAACAACGACGUACAAUACGUCACCCAGACGUCCGUCCGCACACAGCAGGUAUACACCACUGUGUACUCUGAGGUGGUCCGCACCCAGGUGGUGCCCUCCGUCCAGUACCAGACAGUGACUGUGACCCGCACCGAGCAGAACGUCCGCACACAGGUCGUCACUCUGCCACCACAAGUCAACUACGUCACACGUACACAACAAGCUGUGACGACACAGGUACAGUACCAGACCAGAUACUCCACCAGCAUCCUGCAGGUCCCAACAACUGUUGUCAGGAAUGUUGUUUCUACACAGGUGGUUCCUCAGCAGGUGGUGAGCACCGUCUACCAGACACAGUUUGUCACCAGGACCCAACAGCUACCUGGACAGACCCGUACCGUGGACAGUACUCAGUACAGCACCAUUUACUCCACCGUGGUAGUACCUGGCCAGGACGUGGUAAAAACACAAAAUGUUGUGAGGACCAACGUCAUCACCCAGACCGUCACACAGCCAGGCCAGACCCAGGUCAUCACCUCCACCAAUGUGGUUCCCGUCACCACUACCAUCUUCUCCGAGGUGGUGGUCACCAACACCCAGACACAGUACGUGACGCGCACCCAGGUACAGCAGCAGGUGACCACCGUCUACCGCACACAGCAGGUGCCACAGUACGUCACCAGGACCGUCACCGUCCCCCAGCAGGUGGUGAGCACUCAGGUGUCAACACAGGUGGUGCCCACAACCAUCUACAGCCAACAGGUGGUACCAACUGUGGUCAACCUGCCCGCCGAGACCAGGUACACCACAGUGUACCGCACCUCCGUCCGCACCCAGCAGUUACCGGGUCAGACCCGCACCGAGUACCAGACCAGCGUGGUCUACAGGACCAACUACGUCACCUCCACAGUGUUCAACCAGCAGUACAACACCGUGACGGCCACCAGCACCUACCAGCCAGACUGUAACACCGGCUACAACUACCCCUCGCCCUCCCGAGGCUUCAACCCCUUGGGCUAACUCAAGACUCCUGGAGGUGAAGGUGGUACUCCCCUAAGAAACUGUCUCUCCAUCACCUACAGUAUAUGAUCACCUUCCUAGUGUCUAAGAGAACUAAUUUUGUACACCUUCCUGUAGUCAAUAAAACUACUGAGAAAACUAAGUAUGGACUCAGUUUGCUGUUGACUGUGCAUGUCCAGAUACAAGUCUAGAAUAUAUUAGUAAAAACACUGUGCAUAUCUUCCUACAGACAGACAGAACCAUCCCCGUCAUGUCUCUUUAAUAGUAUUUAUGACUGCAUUUGUCUUGAAGAAAAUAUUUAUAUAUUCAUCCAGUC